UUUCAAGUCAGGUAAACGGCGCACUCUCUUUAUAUCUCUCUGUCUUCAUCAUUUAUGAAGAGAACCCAUGUGCAAUGAAUGGAGUCUCGUCUGCAAAGCUAGAAAUCGAUUGCUACACCGAAGCAAUGUGCUGUUCUCUAUCUUCGAUAUUUCACUCUCAGAUAGGACGGCAAAUGCAGCUUCUUGGUUGUCAAUGGAGUUCAGUUAUCUAUUUCUCCUUCAAGAUCAGAUUGAUGAAGUCAACCAUGCCGCGCCGCCUCCAGUGGAGCCCACAAUCAACUCUUGUUGGAACCAUAGACCAUGUAUGGUAAUCAGGACCCAUGCUAAGCAUGAGAGAUCGUUUGGUGGGAUCCGCCUGUAACCUGUAAUGACUCCAAGCACUAGACGGGCAGAGAAGAAGCAUGCCUCAAAAUCCGUGAUUGGCUUACAUUAAAUUCCCUUCUCUCGAGCAUCAUUAUUUGAUGACGGCCUCCACAGUCAUAAGAGGAUACUGACGGAGAGAGCCCCUCCCUUGUAUUGACCUUCUUGGUUCUCCCCUUCAGCAGUUGAGGCUCUUCUCCGAAAUAUCUCCAGUAAUGGAAGUGGAACCUCUAGUCUACGCACGCGGAGUCGAGGAAGAAGAGGAAGAGACGGAGGUGGAGGAGACGGCGCCUCUGAUACGGAAGCACAAAAGUAAGGAUGGAACACUUAAUGGCUUAAGGAAUGACGUUGUCCCUGUUGUUCAACCAGAGAUUGAGAAGCAUGAAGGAGGCGACGAUGUGGCGAAGCCCAUGGUUUACUUUGAUGAUGAAGAACGCAUGUGGAAGUGUCGCCACUGUGUGUGGACACUCCAGAUGGGCAUCCCGGAAGUAGAUAGUGUUGAGAUCCAUCCAUGGGUAGAUCAUAUUCCGAUUCAUAGCAAGCAUAGCCAUGGAGAGAUGAUUGAGCAAACAUUAUCUAAGAAGAAACUAUUUUCCGAUUUACAAAUAAAACGAGUUACUGCAGGAGAUAAAUCUUUUGACAGAACAGUAGGAGCCUUCACACCCCACAGUGGACACAAAACAGACAGAACAACAGUUGAAGAAAUAGUUGAAUCAAUGCCAAUCAAGGAUUUGGUAAAAGAGGAUUCUGAAAGAGCAGAAGUCAAUCUUGAUGAAGUGUUAAGAGAACAAACUACACAUGACCUAUUUUGCCCUAAUUGCAACUCAUGCAUUACGAGGAGGGUUAUCUUACGUAAAAGGAAACGCAUAGUUCAGGUGAAUCCACUUGAUGCAAAGCGAGAAAAAGUUGCUGAUCUAUCUGGUGCUGUUAAUGAUAAUCUUGCUGAACAAAGCGCUGAUGCAGAACCAGAAGUAUUUGGAUGCUUGCAAUGCUUAUGCGUAUUUGUUCGUACUGCAACUGGUUAUGAGUUAUUAUCCAAAAUGUUCCGAAGCAGAGAUGGUGAUACUAUCAGUUCAAAAGAUUUGCAAAAGGAAAAUACUGUUUUGACACCAAAGGAAGAUACUGUUCAAGCAGAGGACAACAAGAAUACAAACUGUAUAGCUUUCCUUUUAGAAUGGGGAAAAAGAGAAGCUAAUGUCAACGUUCCAGAGGGAAGGGUUGGUUCAAUAGAUUCACAAGAUCCCCCAGAUCAUACAAAGCAAAAUAAGCAAAAAGAAAUCAUGGUAUCUGAUGAAUCAGGCAUGCUUGCCAUGCAACAGGCUCAGCAUAUUGUUGCGUCUGAGGGGAAAGUUGAAACUGUAUCUGAUUUACAUGUUCCUGAAGAUGGUGCGGGACAUGAGAACCAGCAAGAAAUUUCAGUACAUGAAAAACUAGAGCUAGUUCAUCAACAGCAUCCUCAGCGCAUAGGUGUGGCCUCGGAGACAAAUGUUGGGCCAGCAAAUAGUGGCAACAUUUUAGUAAAUUAUGGGGAAGAUCUCAAGAAAAUUGUUGGUUCAAUAGAUUCACAGGUUCCCACAGACCAGAUAAAACAAGAAAACCAAAAAGACAUCAUGGUACUUGAUGAAUCAGACAUGCUUUUGGUUCAACAGUCUGAGCAAAUUCUUGUGGCUGCAGAGAAUGUUGCAACUGUAUCUAAUUCACAUGGUCCUGAAGGAGGUACAAGACAGGAGAACCCAAAAAAAGUUAUGAGAAUUGAAAAAUCAGAACUAGCUCGUCUUCAGCAUCCUCAGCAUGUAGGUGUGGCCCCAGACGGAAAUGUUGGGGCAGCAGAUAGUAACAGCAUUUUAGAAAAUGAUGGGACAUACAUCACUAAGUACGCAGCAAACAAUCCUUCUGGUGCACAUGGAGUUGCACUUGCCAAAACUACUGAGAGGUUUGAAGAAGUUGGUGAUUCUGGAAAAGUCAUGCAGGAAAAUAGUGCUACUACAUCAAAAACUUAUAUCGAGGUCCCUGAAAAUAAAGAUGGUCUUUUGAUUUCCUUAGCAACAAAAGCUUUACCUGUAAUGUCGGAUGAAAGGGUGUCUACAAUGCCCAUUAUAACUAAUGAGACUAGAGUUGAGAUUAGCUCACAAGUGGGUGACAUAGCUGAAACAAACAUCACGUCCGAGAGAACAUUUAUUACAGAUGGAUGGGACAUACUAAAAGCCAUUGUUUAUGGUGGCUUAACUGAAUCAAUUACAAGUCUUGGGGUGACAUCCUCAGCAGCUGGAGGUGAUGCUAGUACAUUGAGUAUUGUAGCCUUGGGGUUGGCGAAUUUGAUUGGCGGAUUAUUUAUCAUUGCUCAUAAUAUCUUAGAAUUGAAGAAUGAUACUGUUCGAUAUACUGAGUCAAUAGGACAGCCACAGAAUUUCUGGAGAAACACGAUUAUUGUGAUAGUGUCGUACAUGAUUUUUGGUUUGGUGGCACCUGUCACAUAUGGUUUCUCUUUCAGAGAAACUGACAACAAAGACUACAAGCUUAUAGCAGUUGCCAUUGCUUCUCUAUUUUGCAUCCUUAUUCUUGCUUUAGGAAAGGCACGGGUCACUGACAGGUCUUAUAUCAAGAAAAUCAUGUACUAUGCUGCUCUUGGAGUAGCUGUUUCGGGGGUAUCCUACGUAGUUGGUGUAUACGUCAAGAAGCUGCUGGAUCAGUUAGGCUGGAUUUCAGGAAGCCAGAAUAUGCUUUACCAUCCAUCCUUGAUCCUAGAAGCCACUGGAAGAGCAUCAGAGAAUUGGGUUUCAUAAACAAAGGCAUGAUGGCAAUUGGCAUCAACUUGAUGAUCGUUAUGCAUGGAGUUGGUAAACUAUAUAAUGCAUAUGCCCGCAUCUUUGCAUUAAAAUUAUCCAAGGGGGAACAACUUCUACCCUGAAUUUGUCCUCAGCUUUCGGGUAUCGGCACAAUUAUUCGGUUCCAGAGUUCUUUAUUGUCCGGGGGCAUUUAUGCUACAAGGAUUAUCCUCAUCCGGCGAAUGAGACUACUUUUCUUUUUUUCUCCUUUUCUUUUGAUGUAUCAUUUUUUGCAAUGAUUGGUUGAGCACUAUCUGUGUCAUAUAUAUUCUCUUUAUAAGAUAGCAAUCCAGAGGAGUAGCUUUUAAUUCUUUA